CACAGGUCCGUCUGCAAGCAGUUGGCGGCAUCUUCAUCGUCGUCUUUUUCCAAUUCAAGAUUUCUCUUCUCAAUUUUUAAUGGCAGUCACUCAUGCUACUACUCUCUCCUCUUUUUCCCAGUUCAUGAUUUCUCUUCCCGCCGCCUCCUUGCGACCAAGAUAUAGUAGCAAGAAAAGAAUUCGUGUCGAUGCAGAGUGCUCCGGUUUCAAUUUUUCUUCUUGGAAUGUCAAAGGCCUUUCAAGAAGGUUGUUGUUUUUCACAGGAUUUGUACCUAUUUUGUCUAAUGUAAAUCUUGCUUCUGGUGCACUUAUCCCUCAAAUGGAGGAGCCUGAGAUUAUUCGUACCAGGAAGCUUCCCGGUGGAGCAAGGGUUCAAGAUGUUGUUGAUGGAGAAGGACAAGCAGCUAAUGAAGGAGAUGUAGUAGUUUUUAACUAUGUUUGUCGACGAGCAAAUGGGUAUUUUGUUUACAGCACAGUAGAUCAAUUUACUGGAGAAGCCAAGCCUGUCACACUUCCACUGGAUGAAAAUCAGAUCAUCAAAGGCCUGAAGGAUGUGUUGGCUGGUAUGAAAGUUGGAGGGAAGAGAAGAGCCUUAAUUCCACCGUCCAUAGGAUAUGUAAACGAAAACUUGAAACCCAUCCCAGAAGAGUUUGGCCCUCGACGUAGCCUUCUGUCUCACGCGAAUGAGACCCUGGUAUUUGAGGUGCAGCUUUUGAAAAUACUUUGAUGCUUCGGGUUUAAAACGUUGCUCAGUGUGCACAACAAAUGAACUCAUACCUAAACCUCGUUUUCGAAUUUCAUUUUGUUUGUAAAUUUUGUACAACUAAACUGAUUAUAGGAUUUCUAAAAUUGAACACUGCUAAUAUAAUUUCACCUUUUUCUUCCA